GACCAAAGCAACAGCACCACACUGACUACUCGAGAAGAGGAAGAAAAUGGAGGAGAAGGACUAUAAGGAAAACUACUAAAUGAAAAUAACAACAUGGAAGACGUCGGUGGGCUCCAAUAUUUAACUGGUUCUUAUCUGGUCUUCUCUGGUCUUAUCUGGUCCGCCCAAUGCUGCUCUUCUGAGAGCAACCGCUCUGACAGCUCUCUCUAGUCUCUACUGGGAAACAGCUAAAAGUCCUUCUGGAGGCUUUGCAUUUGAACUCCUAUGACUGGUUGCGGACUUGAAGGGAACGCCUUCCUGACAUCCAGGAAAAAGUUCUAUUGGACAGGCAGUAGAGAUCUACUGGAAACAGUGGAGAGGGAGGAGAUGAUAUGCAGCAUACGGCCCAGCCGGAUGGUUGCUGCUCCGUGUGGAACGUGUCCUAUCAGGUGUAACAUCUACCAAUGGUUGUACAUGACAGAGACCUCCUCCGCCUCUUUGCUGUCUUACUAGUCAAUCCUUCUGAUCAGGUCCUUUCCUAAAUAGUGAAAGGAUCAUGCCAGCCCACAUCAAACACCUGAUCAAGAGCUUGUGAACCUCACUGCUGCAGACACCUGUGUGAUAUUCCACUCUGACUGGAACCCUCAAAAUGACCUGCAGGCUCAAGCUCGGUUCGUCAUCGUUUUAGCCAGUCUAAGGCGGUGGAGGUGUACCGUCUGAUCACUAGAAACUAUGAGAGGGAAAUGCUGGAUAAAGCUAGUCUGAAGCUCGGGCUGGACCGUCCCGUCCUGCAGAGCACGAGUGGCAACAACAACGGGCCGGUCAAGCAGUUCUCCAAGAAGGAGAUCGAGGACCUGCUGAGGAAAGGAGCCUACGCCGCCAUCAUGGACGAGAACGACGAAGGCAAUCGCUUCUGCUAGGAGGACAGCGACCAGAUCCUGCAGCGAAGAGCCACCAUCAUCACCAUCACCAGGAAUGCCAUCGGAGGAGUUGGUCCGAGGGGUGCUCUACUUGUCCCUCACCAUUGUGGGAGUCCCAGGUAAUGCUAGCGUCAUCCUGGCAUUCCUCCUCUUGCUCUACCAGGAGAACCGCCUCCUCCCAGCUGAUGCCAUCGUCCUGCACCUGGCCUGCGUCAACCUGCUGGUGGUGGUGGUCCGCUGUCUGCUGGAGACCCUGGCCUCCUUCAGCCUGGCCAACAUUUUUGGAGACCUAGGCUGCAAAUCUGUCAUCUUCGUGUACAGAACAUCCCGUUCCCUCUCAAUCUGGAUCACCUUCCUCCUGAGUGCCUACCAGUGCCUGAGCAUCACCCCCCCCGGCUCACACUGGGCCUCCGUCCGCACCUUGUUUGCCCGCUAUCUGGGCUUUGUGUUCCUCUUCCUCUGGGUGCUCAACACCUGCAUGAGCUCGGCAGCCAUUCUCUUCUCAUUUGGCACCAAAAAUGAGUCCAGCCCAAUAAUCCAUGGCAUCAACGUACAAUUCUGCUAUGUAAACUUUCCUUCAAAGUUGUCCAAAGAGGCAAACGGGAUAGCUCAGGUGGUCCGGGAUGUGGUGCCCAUGGCCCUCAUGACUCUGGCCAGUCUGAUCCUCCUGGUGUUCCUUUACAAGCACAGCCACCAGGUGAAGGGGCUCCGCAGCAGCAGCGGUGGGGGGGGAGGUGCCGAGCAAAGAGCUGCCAAAGUUGUGGUAGCACUUGUGAGCUUGUAUGUGGUUCUUUAUGGGGUGGAUAAUGGGCUUUGGGUGUAUACUCUCACUGUGAGCAAGACCAUGCCUUCCUCGCUGAUCUCUGACCUGCGCAUAUUCUUCUCCUCGCUCUAUGCAGCGCUAAGCCCCGUGGUCAUUAUUGCCUCCAACAGGAAGGUGAAUGGCAGGCUGAAGUGUAUAGUGCAGAAGAAGCCUGCUCAUGAGAAAGACACGAGUCUUACCAAUAUGUGAUGCAUGCUGGGAUUACUGACAGGUCAGCAGAGGAGGCCAACAUGAUGAGGAUCAGUCUUUAAGUGUGUCAUUCUAUAUAUAUUGUGUAAUGUGUUUGUGAUAGAGAGAUCUAUCUUUCCUGUGGGGUUGUGAUUUCAUAGCUGAGAAGUUUUUAUAAAAAUAUAUGUAUUUCUUGUUCGUGAGACUUUCCAGAUAUGUGUUUAAUAACUGAUGAGGGUUUAGCACAUGUAGCUGUGAAUGAGAAAGUGUACCUGUGGGUUUAUUGUCUCACUGUCUAUGAUUAAGGAAAAAACAUGUCAUAACAACACUGUUGCUCAAUACA